CGGUAAAACAAUUUCAGCCCCGGUUGUACAUCGAAAAUACCGGGCUUUGGGCAGAACUGCCGGAAUCGCAAAACUGUCCACUUCAGGCCAAGGUCGGCUUUGAUGUGCUGGUUUUGCUCAGAGAUUACUUUCUUAAACUACUGCAUCCAUCUACAAACUUCCAUGACUGUAGGGCAGUGUGCUAGAGGCAGGAAUGGCAGAGUGGACUGACAGUAGGACGAGUGUCCAGCAUCAGUCACGGGCCGAUUGACGCCUGAGUCACCGUCAGUCGAGUGACUAGACAUGCUGGGCCAUGACCCAUCAUUCAUGCCGAGAGGAUUUGCAUAUAUGUCAGUGCGUGUUAACACUUACAUAACUGAUCUGCAGAAUGGCUCAGUCGACGCUUACAAUUGCAGAUUUACCACCUGAGAUCUUGUCAUAUUUACUGUCAAAACUUUCAGGCCCAACGAUAGCUAAGGUUGCAGUUGUGUGUAAACAGUUUUACGAAGCCUCAAGGAUAGAAACUGUUUGGCAGCAUCGAUGCUUGGAAGAUUAUGGUUUCACUAAUGAUAACCUUCAUGGAUGGGGGAUAGAAUCAUUCAGACUGAUCUACACAAAGGUGUUGUACCCCUAUGGUCAUGUUGUUGGAGUAUGGCAACCCCAGAUUGGUUCAUAUGGUGGUCUCGUAAGCAUCAAGGUUCGUGAUGGCGCUUUACGAGCAACCCAACAUUUACCCCCUGUGGACCCCCGAGUCUGUAUGCCACUGCGUGUCAAGGAUUUGUUCCAGAUUCGGCUCUCGUCGGAGGGUUAUGCUCAGAUUGAGUGUUUGAAAGGACCAAAGGGACCCCACAAGUUACAGAUAUUGCCUGGCAAUGGUGAAGAUGAGUUUGUACUUAAGUGUUGCAAGCCAGAAAAGCACCGAUAUCAUGAAAGCAGACAAGAGGAAUUACAGGAAUGGAUCCGUGAAGAGAUUGGUGCCAAAGAAGGAGAAAUUCUUCUCUUCAAUUACGAUCACCACAUAGAACUCCUACGCAUCAAGUAUAUCAUCCUCAACCAAUAUGAUGAAAACUGUGCCUUCCAAAAGUUAAAUAUUCCAGGUCCUCAGCCGAAUGUCCCGAUCCAACCGGGACUCUUCAAAGGUACUUACGGUGGACACGGCAUUGAAAUCAUCUGCUUGAAAUACGAGGAGGAUAAGCUACGAGGGUAUAAAGUCACUGGUGACCCCAAUGUACCAGCCUGUCAGCUUAGCAUUGAGGUUCACCUGGAGGAACCCAUGGUGUUAACCAAGGCAGAACAGGAGACUCUAGCCUUGGUUGAAUCGGUUGACAAGGACAGUGUCAUUAUCCAUGACCCUAAGGACCUACCUUUAACCCAGUCCUUCCUGGUUCCUGCUGGGGUUCAUGAUCAUGGUAUGGCUGAUGUAGGUUCCAAGCUCAACAUGGACUUGAAGAGAUGUAGACAAAGGUACUUUGGCACUGGUCUGAUUGCCAUGCAUGGCUUCCGCAACUCGUCGCGUACACCGUGCCAUUUCAUCCUCUUCAGCGAGGAUGUCUUUGCCCUACUGUGGUUAGAGCUUCAUUCUAUCAGCAUCUUCCACAGGGUGUGUGAGCUGAUAUGACUUUGCCAUGAUCCCCCAAGGUAGACUGUACAGAGGACUGGGACCGUGUCUACUGUGAAACGUCAGAGAUACCACUGUAUGGGUUUUGUGUGAAAACGUUUUGAGGUGAUCAAGUGCCAUAUGCCAACCUGGUUCUGUUGUUUACAAUGCAGUCAUUGAAAACAUUGACAUUCAUAGCAAUGCAGAGUCCACAGUGGUUGUUAAAUUGCCAAACAUUUAAAGCUGGCAUCAAAACUAAGCAAGACUAACAGAGUUGUGCAUUUGACAAGGGGACAUUAUUACUGAACCCCCAUGUGACAAUUUUUGUGUGAACACUGAAUCAAUAACAGCUGUUCUGUUCAGAUAUUUAUGGCAGCACUUCUUCUGGUAAACUUGGAUGAGUUGAAAGUUUCUGCUCAAAUCAAACAAUGGACACCUACAUAAUUGACUGAAAGUUCUGAGCAUGGAAUUUAUUUGCAGGCAGACAGUGUAGAAUAUGAAGCAUUUUGUGACCGUCAUCGUGUCUGCUGAGAAGAUUUUCUAAAAAUCCUACAAUGCACUUUUAGUUGUACAUUUAAUUGGAUUGUUAUUACAAUAUUAUUUGGUUUCCAUGGAUGGUCAGGAUGUGUUGUAAUGUAUCUACAUAUAUUUAUAGAUGUGUCAUGAUGUCACUCAUGGCUAGAUGAGCUUAAGUGUGAGGAAAUCCCACUUUUGAAAAGUAGCAUUAAGUAUUUUAUAACCUUUUUUUAACAGGAAUUUUAACUAAAAUGCCAGAAAAAUUCAUUUAAAGGAUAAAAAGAAGAGAGUUUCAAUAUAACAUGAAUGAUAAACGUUUAGUGUUAAAAGCAAUUCAGAAAGUGCUCAUAUUAUUGUUCUAAAAACUGUCAAACCAAAGUUUUCAAAGAGGCUUGUUUCAUUGUGUUCGUCAUGAGGAUAAUUGACGAAUAAUGAAUUUGAUGAGUUAUGAAUUAUGAUGAAUAAUAAAUGUAAUGAGUUUGGAAUAAUGGACGAUUCAAAUCUCUGUUAAGUAACCCAAAAAGCUCAAGACAAUUGUAAAAGAUGGUAAAUUUGGGAUAUGGCUGUCUUUUAGGCCAAGAAGAAUAAUUUAGGUUUGAUAGAAUUUUGCAUCGUCAACAAUAAUAAAUUCCUUUUAUUUGUUAUUGUUUUGAAAUUUUAACAAAAUUGGUCGAGACGUUGGAAACAUUUUCACCUGAGAAUUUUAAUCAAAUAAUCUAUUGAACUUAUUGUAUAGAACUGAUAACCAAUUGAUUAAAAAAUGAAUCAAUAUCCAGGAAAGACAUUUUAAACCCAAAUUUUGUUAUGGGAAAGAAGGAUGCUCUUUUGCAUUCAUAUCCAAUCUUAAACCUGAUUUUUGUCUGUUGAAAUUUCACCUAUAAAUCUGUAUCCCCUUGCAUGUAUUUCCGAAUUCUUCUUUUGUUUGAUAAAGUAUGCAAUGUUAUGUGAUACCUCAUUUGUGAAGUUCUUAAUUUAUUUACUUAUUUAAGACACAAGAGUGUCAAAUGAUGCUAUAAAGUUAAAAAAUGUCUGAUAUUAAAAAAAAUGUUUUGUGUUCUUUCAAAAUGAAAAUUUGCAAUUAGUUAAUAAUUAAUCAAGUUGCUGUAAUUUUAAGUGGCGCAUCACACAUUAGUUUCAGAGGUUAUGUUGACUGUUGAGAAAAUGUGUUUGUUUUGGAUGGAAACAUCUGAUCAUGAAGUAAAAUUGUUCAACGCAAUGAAAAUAG